AUGGCUGCAGAGGUGGUUAGUGCUCCGGCGGACACGGAGAAACAACUCCAAGAGACGGUUGUUCAUCUCGAAGAUGCUUUGGCUACUCUCAACAUCGAUCCCAAGGAAGCCGACGAGGCGUUCGAGUUUCUUCGAGACCAUCCGAAUGCAGACGGUGUCACCCAGGAAGCCUUGAGUAUUCUGGCCGAUGAAACGAAACGGAAGAAGCUCUUGCGAAAGAUUGACUGGGCCAUUCUCCCAUGCAUGAUUGCCACUUACUUUCUGCAAUUCCUGGAUAAGACGACCAUCGGAUAUACUGCAGUCAUGGGACUUCGGGAAGAUACCCAUCUCGUGGGACAACAGUAUUCCGAUGUGGCCAUGAUUUUCUACGUCGGAUACCUUGCUGCCGAAUUUCCCACGCAAUACAUUUCGCAACGGGUUUCAAGACUGGGUAAAUAUCUCGGGGCAAACAUCGUACUUUGGGGCGCUGUGCUGGCAGCUCACGCAGCUUGCCAAAACUAUGCUGGACUGAUGAUCUGCCGUGCUCUUUUGGGAGUUUUCGAAUCUGUUGUGACACCCACCCUCGUGCUUGUGGUUGCCAUGUGGUACAAGAAAUCCGAGCAAGGACGAAGGAUCUCCUUGACAUCCAUCUUUGCUGGGUUGGUCUCAUGGGGCGUGUCUCACUCGAAGAACAAGAGCUUUGCAAGUUGGCGCAUCUUCCUUCUGACGAUUGGUCUUGUGACCGUCGUAGUCGGUGUCAUUGUCUUCUUCUAUCUGCCAGAUUCUCCCGUCAAGGCUCGACGAUUUUCUGAUGCGGAGAAGGUUGCGACACUCUUGCGAGUCAAGGACAACCAGUCGGGCACGCAGAACGCCAAGAUCAAAUCGUCUCAAUUGCGUUUGGUGUUCAAGGACCCUGGUGUGUGGCUUGUGGCCGUGAGCGUUCUGAUGCUCAGUGUUCCGACUGCGAUCCCGAACUUUUCCAGCAUCUUGUUGACCACGUUCGGGUACAGCGCACAGCAAGCGCUUAUACUGAACAUUCCUGGCGGGGUGGUUGGAGCCGUGUCAACCAUUCUCACCGGAUACCUCAGCGAUCGUUGGAACGAUCGGAGUCUUGUGAUGAUCAUCAGCAUUGUACCAACCAUUGCCGCAUUUGCCAUGAUGAUUGGUCUUGACCCUGGCGGUGUACCGAAGAGCAAAGGGGCAUUGCUCUUUGCUCUUUAUUUGUGCAACUCAUUCACAGCGGCUUUCAUGUUGCUUCUUGUCUGGAAUGCAUCGAAUCUGGGAGGGCAUACGAAGAAAGUCACCGUCAAUGCCUUGACACUCGUCCUGUACUGUGCUGGGAACAUCGCCGGCACCGAAUCAUUCCGUGCUUCUGAGGCUCCUGGAUAUAUCAGCGGAAAGGCAGCCAUCAUGGCCACCUUGUCGUUCCAAGUCCUGGUCUGCCUAGCUCUGCGAUUCCGAAAUGACCGGCUCAACAAGAAGAAUCGGGAGAAGCUUGCUCUCAUGAGCGAGGACGAGAAGGAGACUCUGCGGCAGCAAUUGGCGUAUGCCGACAAGACAGACCGAGAGAAUCCGUUCUUUGUCUAUACACAUUAG